AUGCCGCAGCCAAUUAAGACUGAAUUUGCUGUGAAAAUGUCAUGUAACAGCUGUGUAAAAGCUGUUACCAAAGUAUUGCAAGGAAUUGAUGGUAUCCAAUCAUUUAAUAUCAAUCUGGAGAGGCAGCAAGUGAUUAUUGAUUCCACUCUUCCUGCAUUUAAGCUAAAGGAAUUGAUAGAAAAAACUGGGCGACAAGCAGUUUUAACAGGUUUUGGCAUUACAAAUACAGAAACUCACCUUGGAGCUGCAGUAGCUGCCAUAGACACUGGCAACAAUGUGAAGGGUGUUAUUCGAAUGGUGCAAGCUACUCCUGAAUCAUGUAUCAUUGAAGGAACUAUAGAUGGACUAACACCUGGUAAAAAUACUGUGUGUAUUCAUCAACUUGGUGAUAUAUCUGAUGGAUGCAACAGCUGUGGGGAUGUUUACAGUAUUAUUGAAAGUUUCAAUAAGACAACUGGAAAUAUACAGGCAGUAGAUACAUCUGAAGAUGGCAGAGCAACAUUUCAUAAAGAGAUCAAAAACUUGAAACUCCAUGAGAUAGUUGGACGUUCAGUUGUCAUUCAUGAAGGUGACUUAAAUGCUUUGGAAAAAGGCAGUACUGUUAGAGUUGGUUGUGGCAUAAUUGCACGUUCUGCAGGAAUCUUUGAAAAUGCUAAAAUGUUGUGUGCCUGUGACGGUGUCUCUAUUUGGGAUGAACGCAACAGACCAAUUGCUGGUGUUGGAAGAUCAACUAUAGAAACUCCAUCUGCCAAAAUAUAA